AUGUAUAUCACAACACAUCUAAUUCUCAUCUUGGCUCUACUAACAACUGUUGUUCGAUGUCCAGGUGGUAGUGAUAGCAGUAGAAGCAACAGUAGUUCAAGAAGUCGUAAAGAACCAUGUCGUACUCGUGAAUGUGAUCUACAAGAUAGUAUUUCUGCCGUUAUUGGUGCACUGGUCGGAGUGGGCGUACUAACAUGUUGGAUUGUGUCUUGCUAUCGUCGAUGCACACGUGGCAGACCAUCACAAGUAAAUACAGAUUUUAUCCGUGAAUAUAAUCUAGGAAAUCGCAACUACGAAAGAGAUCCUUUGGAGACAGGGAUCUGGUCUUUUCGAUAUUAUCAAUAUGGCAAGUGGCAUGGACCUUAUCGAUUACCACUCUCGUUCGAUCGUUAUUUAGGCAAAGUGACUGGUGAAGGAACAGAUGACGUCGGUAGUUUUAUUUUCGAUGGUAUUUUUUCUUUGGAAAAUCUUCGACUGGCUCUAACGCAGAAAUACGUAGAAGGAACAGGUGAUCCAAACGAGAAUCUUGGUCAUAUAUCGACUAUACAAUUAACUUGGAAUUCGAAAAAUAAUCAAUUUGAAGGUAAAUGGUAUGUUCGAACGUCUAAGUAUAGUGGAGAAGGCGAAUUCGAGCUGAAAGUCGAAGAAACUUCAGCAUCUUUGUUACAAGCAUUUAAUGAAUGCUGA